GCGAUCAGUGCCCAUCGAAACGUUUCGUUGCGGUCGAUUUCAAGAAUCAAAGCGAAUUUUCAUCUUUAUUUUGUGCCGUUAUUUCUGUGUGUGUGUGUGUCUGGAUGAUAGUGAAAAACAAAGCAAGCAAAUAAAGACACUGUGAAUCAUUAAACUUUAUUUUACAAGUUGUGAAGUGAACUUUAGUUGAUUACAAUUAUGAACUAAAAGCCAAGUCGUGUCAAAAAAUUAAAAAUAUGAAUAUAAACAAAACGCAAAUUAUGUCGCGCUCUUUAGUUUUUGUGUUGUGCCUGCUACAAUUGGCAUUGCUUAUAGCUGCCAACGACUACUAUUCGGUUGUCGGACCUGGAACAAUACGCUCUAAUUCCAAAUACAAUGUGGCGGUGACGAUGCAUAAAGCCAGAAGUAUUUUAGCUAAGUUAGUUCGACAGAACUUAAUAGAUGUGAGCAUUUCUGGACCCUCCUUCAAUGAGACCAAACGUGUUGAGGUGGGACACGAUUCCACCGAGAUUGUGGAAUUCGAUGUGCCGACGUUAGCUAAGGGAGAGUAUAAUCUGACAGCUGUCGGCGUUGAGGGCGUCAUCUUUAGGAACUCAACCACACUAAAUGUGGCGGACAACAAUCCAUUGAUAUUCAUACAAACCGAUAAGGCAAUUUACAAGCCUGGGGAUCGAGUGCAAUACCGAGUGUUGUUUUUGAAUGAGAGCACACGACCAGCAGUCGUUGAUGAGCCCAUAACCGUUACUAUUAUUGAUCAAGGAGGAAAUCGGGUGAAACAGGUGGCAAAUAUAACGCUCACCAAAGGAGUUUAUGCGGGACAGUUGUCAUUGACUGCUGAGCCAAUGUUUGGUAAGUGGGUAAUAAAAGUGACUGUGGCAGGUGCUACCAAGUUCUUUGAGGUGGCCAAGUAUGUCCUGCCGAAAUUUGAGGUAAAAAUCGAGGCUAUGAGGGAUAUUGCCGUACAGGAUGGUGUUAUCAGGGCUAUAGUGCGGGCCCAGCACACCCAUGGCCAGCCAUUGAAGGGCACUGCUAACGUCUCUAUAUCUCCAAGCUAUAAUUCCUUUAGGCCUAGUGAGAGUGCUAUAAAUCAGCAGAAAACAAUUGAAAUCGUUGGGAAGGGUGAGGUGGAGUUCGUCAUUGACGCCAAAGAUUUCAGUGGACAUUAUACCCCGCCUUUGAUGAUAUUUGCCGAAGUAACUGAGACACUUACAGGCAACAAACAAAAUGCUUCCGUCAUAAUUAAUGUGCACUUGCAGCGCCUUAACCUAGAGGCUAUUAAUAAUAAAGCUACCUAUCGUCCUGGUCAGCCUUUUAUCUAUGAGUUUGUGGUUAAGAACUUAGAUGGCUCGCCUGUGCAGGAUAACGUAACAAUAGCUAAGCUUAUUUUUGAGCCACCAAACAAAUUUUUCAAUGAAGACGCAACUGCUCAACCCGAUAAGGACACGUUGCAAUUUGAGGCCACAUUAAAUAAACAUGGCAUUGCUAGAUUUAAUAUCUCGCUAGCUGCGAACGAGGAUCGAUUCUUCAGUGUUAAAGCUGCUUUUGCUAACUCGAGCGCUUAUCUGGGUUCAAUUGCCAACUUUCGGCCUGAUAUUGAUAGCGACGAGCCGCUGUUGAUACAAGUUAAGACCGAGAAACCCAAGUUGGAAGAAGAUGUUGAAAUUGAAGUAAAGUCUGAUGAGAACAUACCCUAUAUUGUUUACACAAUUGUUGCUCGCGGUAAUAUUGUUAAGACUGAACAUGUCCGAGUCAGUAGAAUUUUAACUAAACAUAAGAGUUACACUUUCAAACUGACACCCACCUUUGCUAUGGUGCCGCAAGCCUCAAUCUAUGUAUUCUAUAUUCUAAAUGAUGAUUUGCAUUUCGUGGAGGAGACGAUACAUUUUGAAAAACAACUGGAAAAUUCGAUUAAAAUCACAGCUCCGAUUGAGGUUGAGCCCAAUCAAGAAGUUAAGUUGCAAAUUAAAACCGAGGCGGACUCGUUUGUUGGCCUGCUUGCUGUGGACCAAAGUGUUUUAUUGCUCAAGGCUGGUAAUGACUUGGCUCGUGAUAGUAUUUUCAAUGGUCUCGAUAAGUACAAGACAACAACACCGUGGCAACAAGGUUAUGGACGCUAUCCAGGACAAGCAUCUGGUUUGGUAACAUUAACAAAUGCUCAUUAUCCGUAUAAUUCGGUUAAGCGAGUUGUAAUUGAUGAUGGAGGUGAUCUAGGCUUUGAUACCGUCGAUGGUAGAGUUCCGAGCAAAUCUUAUCGUAAGAAUUUUGCAGAGGUCUGGAUAUUUGAAGGUGGCAAUUUGAGGUGGGCUAUUGCUAUUACAAAAAAACUGGACUCAGGCCUUAUACCUAUUAUGAAAGUCAGUGGGGAUAGCAAAAACAACACGACAAAAAUCAAGUCCACUCAAAAUCAUACUAAUUCCAAACCCCAAUCGACCGAAGAAUCUAUUUCUGGCGUACAGCAAACUGUAAUUGAAACUUGGAUUUAUGCAGAAAAUUUAACAAAAAAUGCAGAUGGAAAUAUUUUCGAAUUGACUAAAAAAGCACCGGAUACUUUGACGUCUUGGGUUGUCACUGGCUUUGCACUGAGCCCUAACAAGGGAUUGGCUUUAACUGAAGAGCCAAGUCUAGUACGGGUCUUCAAGCCUUUUUUCAUCGCUUUGAAUUCGCCUGACUCUAUGACAUUAGGCAAGAAUAUAGCAGGGCGAGGUUGUUUCGUACCAAUUGAGUUCCGCGGAGGUUCUACAAAUCAUGUUACAAAGAGGCAAGCUGACCAGGGACGAUAUGUUAGAAAUAUAAGCAUUCCGGCUAAUAGCGGCAAUUCAGUUUCCUUCAUGAUACGUCCCAUCAGUGCUGGUGCAUCAACAUUGAAUAUAGGAGCCUUGUCGCCUGCAGCAGGUGAUAGCAUAUCUAGGCCCAUAAGAGUGCAGCCGACUGGCGAGCUACAUAGAGAAAACAGAGAAGUUCUUUUAAUUCUUGAAGAAAGUGUGGAAGUAAGUCAAGAGCUAUGGAUCGAAGUGCCCGGGCAGACUACUAUGGACUAUAUUGAAAUUUGUGUUAUGGGUGAUAUCUUGGGUCCCGUAUUUGGGAAUUUAAGAAGGUUGUUAGAUUAUGAUCAUAACGCGUGCGGUGAGCAAAACAUGAUUAACUUUGUACCCAACAUUAUGGUUCUCCAAUACUUGGAUGCAACAGAUAAAAAUAUGCCUAAUCUGAAGAGUGAUGCUGAGUAUUAUAUGGAAUUGGGCUAUCAACAUGAACUGACAUAUAAGUUAUCUAAUGGUGCCUAUAGCCUGUGGGGACCUAAAAAUGAUGGCCCCGGCUCAACUUGGUUGACUGCUUAUGUGAUGCAGUCUUUUCACCAAGCAAAGCCUUACACCUAUGUCGAUCCCAAUACUUUAUGGGAAGGUCUUAAUUUCCUGCGUGAGCAACAAGUUGAUUACCAUGGAUCCUUCCAGGAAGAUGGCAAAAAUAACGACUUCAGCCCUGGGAGUCAUCUUGCGCUUGCUUCCUUUGUACUGCUCGCCUUCUUGGAAAAUGAGGAAUUUUAUAGUGAGUUUCAGCAAACUAUUGAAAAUGGGGUGCGAUAUGUGGCUACCGGUGCUUAUGAUGACCAAUAUGAUGAUCUGCACUCACAAAUGCUUGCUGCAAAUGUGUUGGGCAGGGCAGGGCAUUCAGAAUUAGGACAAAUCAUGGAGAAGCUGUUGGCAAGAGCCCGAAAAUCUGAUGAACAAAUGUGGUGGGUCCCGGAGGGAUCAGGCAGCACUGCUAUCCAGUGUACUGCAUAUGGGUUGAUGGCGCUACUGGAUUAUAAGCAUGCGCAAGAAUCAUUGCCCAUUGUUAAGUGGCUGGUGGGUCAGCGCAAUAGCUUUGGUGGUUAUGAUAACUCUCUAGACACGGUCUUAGCUCUGCAAGCGCUUACAAAGUUUGCGAUUAAGACAGGUGCAUCUGACAACACAGUGAUUGAGUAUACUACCGACGGUAAUUUGGAGUCGAAGGCGACACUUAUUGUAAACCCAGAUGGAGAUGCCAGACAAUGUCAAAGUCUGGAAAGCAACACACGCGUUGUUCAGUUUUAUGCCGCACAAAAGGGAAUGGCCAUACUGCAGCUACAUUAUCAGUAUUAUGCUCAUCCGUUUAAUAAUAAAAAGAAACGUCAAGCUACAAACUCAACGGGGCAUCACUACGAAAAAAAGCCAAGUUUUAAGAUAACGCCCAAUGUCAAAGAUACACCGGCGCAUCUGCUUGAGCUUGAGAUCUGCGCCGAAUAUGCACCUCCGGGGUGUUCUAACCAGACCAAAAACUCCUUUAUGGUGGUUAUGGAGGUAUCAAUGCCAUCGGGCUUUGUUGGCGAAGUGGACAGCUUUGAUAAAAUGUUGGCGCUCCGCGACGUCAAUCAUGUUGAAACUAAGGAAAAGGGCACAAAGGUGGUUAUUUAUUUUGGUCCCCUGAAGCCGGGAGUAGUCCUGUGCGUGCCCGUGGAAGGUGCUCGUGCACAUUUGGUGGCUGAACCGAAACCAGCUCGUAUUUUAAUGUACGAUUACUACCAGACCGAACAUAGAGCCACUGAGUAUUACGAGAUCAGUACCUCAUUCUGUGACAUUUGUGAGGGAGCAGAGUGUGGAUCGGAUUGUGACAAAAAGCAGUCAACUUAAUUACAAAAUACAAAAAUAUUUAGUUGAACAUUUAUCUAACGUUUAAUUGCACACCUAAAAUAAAGCCGUUGCUUUGCAAACAUUUUAUUUAUUUAUUUCGAAAAUGUAUUCGGUUUACUCUCACCAUCAAUUAAACUAAACAAAAGAA